CCGCGGAUCACCGAUAAGCCGCCUCCCCGAUAACCACCGAGCGCCGUUCGACUUAGGCAACGCUGCAGUUCGCUCUUCACUCGGCCCAGUCUGAGUCUCGCAUGCUAGCUAGGCCAGAUCGAUCUUGUGUGUCGUCUUACUCUCGCACGCCGCCCGCAUCCAGUGGAGCCGUCAGUCACUUAGCAGACGGAAGAUAAAUCACGAGGGACGCAGUCAUCAUCAUGCCGUCGCAUUCUAAGAUGUUUCAAGAUAACCCGCCCGCAGAUUGGGACCCUGAAACACUGAAGGAAGUUAUAGCAAAGCAGCGACAGUAUUGUGAUCAACUCCUGGCAUCGAAGUUCUAUAGGGUGAAACUCCAGUGUCUUUGUACAGACGAGUGUUGUUUCUUUGAAAAUAGGGCAGAAAUAAGCACCUUGUUACGAGAAAGGAUUGGCAAUGUCGUGUGUGGGAAAUCAAAAGGGUAUGAUACAGAAGAAACAAAGAAGAUUGACCGAGUACUUCAAUGUUUGGAGAAGGAAGAGCAUAUCAAAAACAAUGGCGUCGACAUUGCUAUGAUAGUAAUAAGUCUGAUUACCGGCAAUCGCACGUUGCAUGUUCCCGUAUUCCGGGUGAAUGUACCCAGCCAAGAUUCCGGUGAACAGGUUCUUCAGAAGAACUUCUUUGUUGAUCUGUAUGGACGCCGUUACAAAAGUUUUGACGACUUUCUCUCUAAUAACAAAUUACCUAAGGGGAAGAUUUGCUAUCCUGAAAAAGGCAUCUACUGUCUGAAAGAAGGUGAAGUAAUGCUUCAACAUGGGACCACUUCAGGGUGCGCGCCAAGUGGACUCGAUUUAUUCGUAGGUGCAGUCUCUGUGUUCGCGUUGCCACUGCUAGUAUUUAGUCCUCCUGUCGCAGGUAGUAUUUUGGGGGCCUCUGCUUUUUACUCAGGUGUACGUUCAGUUUUGCAACUAAGAGACAGAGCUACUCAUGACCAGAGCCUCAUGUGUAAGGAGACUUGCUGGUUGUGGCUUCGUAUUGCUGCCGCUGGUUACACGUUUGUAGGCAGUGGACUGUUGCUUGGGAAUAUGUUGUUGGCGGCAGAUCCUGCCUUGCCGAUUAGUGUGGCUUUUUCUUCUGUGAUUUCUUUUGUCAUGCUCAAAGAGCCUGAAUGCUUCCUGAAAGUGAAGAACAUGAGCCUACCAGAAAUGUUUCAGGCGGUGAUCAAGAUGGGUAAAGCUUGGUGUUCUUUCAAGAAACGUUGUUCAGUGGAUACGUUGGAAGCGCUUGCUCUCAAGGCUAAACCCUACGUUUUCAGCAAGAUCGAUUCUGCUUUGGAGCAGAAAUUUGAUUCUUCAGAAGAAAUGCUUUCUCAAUUAGGGAACAUGUUGAGUGACUUCCCAAGAUAUGGCCCUGCAUUGAACCUAAUUUUCAGGGCAGUCCUUGCUUAUUUUAAUGUUGGUUACAUCUAUGUGGACGAAGCAAAGAAAUAUUUGAAAGAGACAGUUCAGUACCUUAGGCUCUGUUAUGCUGCUGAACGACUAACUUCCAAGUCUCUGUCAGAGCUAGAAGCUAUGUGUAAUAUUGUGAACGAUCCAAGCACUAUUUCUCAGCUCAUCGUUGGUUUUCAAUGUAAGACAUUUAAUUACCAUUUACCUUGUGGUCAUGCUAAUGCAGUUGACAUUGGCGAAAUUUCGCAAGGUAACUACUUUUCUAUUCUGAAGAAUUACAUGGAAAAAGAGAUAGGGACGACUGGGAAAUUUGAUUAUGAAGUGAUGAAUGAUGGUCCUGGACGUUUUUGGGUAGAUCAUAUUGGUGUUUUGGAAAUAACAGUACAGGGAGAGAUGGUCUCUGUCAACCACAUUACAACCACCAAGCCAACCAAUGUGUGCUCUGAUCUCAACCCUAAAAUCGACGUAAAUCGUCAGUGGCGUUGAAUCAGCGUCGACUAUACAAUUUAAUGUCUGGUAAGAGUAGUAAUUUUGAAUGCACGUCAAUUUGCGGAUAUUCGCUGAUAAAAUUACCUGUAAAAUGUUGUCAGAUUGUAUAUCUCACCUCUUUUGGGAGCUGCGCGAGCCGGAAUCAAACGUGGCUGUAAACUGGAGACAUGUUGUGCAAAUUUCCGCGAUACUUUGUAAUUCGUUGUCCAUCCGUUCAUUACGUCUCCAUCCAUUAUCUGUUGUGCGACAUGUGGUGCAGGUUGUUGUAUCCGCGUGGCUCACCUGGUGUUGAGUCUACAAAAUGUAUGCUGAUUACGAAUAAAAUACAGUGUUUGUUCAUCAA